AAACUGGCGUAAUAUCGACUUUUACCUUUAAUUGAUGAAAGACACCUGCGGCUAAGUUUUGAUUGAUGGCAUUAAGGGGGAUUAAUUUUCUAGAAUCAAAAGCCAGGUCGUAGUACGAGUAGACUUUGAAGCGUCAAUGAAGGCGACUGUCGGCGAAAUCGACUCUUGCAAAGAAGAAGCACUGGGAAUCCAAUCACCACGGUACUCAAACAGUGCAUCAAAUUGUUUUCAAACUACAUUUUCAAAUGAGUUUUCCGGGGAGUUAACUGCAAUACUUAAGCAUUUUACGAUGACAAACACCCAAUGGCCAUUGGCUCCCGUUUCUCUGUGAGUGAACUGACUGAAGAAACUGAAGAACUGACACAAGUUAAGGUAAACAGCCAUUCUCAACAACAUGAGUGGAAGAGAUUACAAGACAUUUCUGACCAACCAUCGCACAGAAAGCCAGCUGGCUGGUUUUCCAAAGGAAAAGAUAAAAGAAGAAGACAAAUAUGUCAGACGUUUUACUGAGGGUUUCAAAACCACCACCUAUAGAGCCAUGGACUAUGAAGAGCUUAAAACCCUGGCGACAGUGAAAAAGAUGGCAGCACACAAGUCUCUUCUUAAAAUCAAGAAGAUCCAACAGGCUUCCAAAGAGCACAAGGAUCAGAACUUGAUAAAGCAGCAUAAACUGGCUUGGCAGAAGGAAUUCAUAAGGCUAAACAAUGCCAGGAAAAGACUUCAGGUUGAGAUGGAAGCAUUUAUAAGGCAGAAUGCAGAGGAUGGAGCAGUGUGUUCACAUAGCUUUCAGGACUUUGAAGACUAUGAGUCCAGUAUAGUAAAUGAUUUCAAUCACUUUAAAACUGACACGGUUGAGCCAGUCUGGAAUCUCAGGGAAGACUUAAAAUACUGGGUGGUAGAGCACCAGAAUGACACCAAAGAGGACGAUGAGUCGGUCCUGGAAGAGCACAAGGCAAUUCUAGAAACUGUGGCCUCUGUUAAUAGCCAGCAGGAGCUAGUACUGGAGAAAUUACUCAAUGAACAGCUGUCACUGGAGCAGGAGUUGUCCUCAGGUGAGCUGGCAGAACUGUGCCACACCCAUGAGAGGAAGGUGCAAGGAGGGAUCCCCAUGGAGGCCUUUGAACUGGAGUGCCCUGACCUUGACCUGAAAGCCUCGGUCCUCCAGGAGUUUAUCCUCCUAGAUGAACAGCACAGGGCCAGGCUGGAGGACCUGGAGCAGGAACACGCACAGGUUUUAGGGUCAGAGAGGGGAGGUUGGAGUGAGGAGGAUCAUUAUCUGUUCCAAGUUAUAGUAGAGCAAUACCCCCAUGACAUGACCAACAGAAGAAUGCUGUACAUAGACAGACUGAAGAGACAUUUUCCUGGGAAAUCUAGACAAGAACUGGUUGAUCAUGAAGAUUGGUGUACAAGACACAAAUAUUACCAUGACAGGAAGAAAGCUCUGAUGCUGGACUGGUUGCGGGACAGGAAGGAGCUGCUCACCAAGGCCAGCGCCACCUUUGCCGAAGUUUGCAUGGCCCAGGAAUUGGAGGAGGUGAAAAACGAGUUCAAGCAGAAGCAGAAAGAGCUUUGUGAUGUUCUCUAUGACAAGGUGCAGCGUUGGAGGGAACAGAAGAUGGAGCUAAUGUGGCUGGAACAACAGGAGGAAGAGAGGAAGAGGAAGGAACAGGAGGAACUGAUGAAAAUAGAGGAAGAAAAAGAGAAGAAGAAACGACAAGAGCAAAAGGAAAAGCUGAACAAGUACCACAUACAGCAAGAAGAAGAACAGAGAAAGAGAAGGGAGGAGGAACAAAAAAGAAUGGAAGAGUUGAAGAAAAUUCUACAAGAACAAGCAGUACAUGAUAAAGAAAGAGUGAAGUUCCGUGAGGAGCAGAUAUUGAAGAAAGAAAUAGCUAAGUAUGAGAAGGAGCAGGACAGGCUGAGAGAUGAGGAGGAGAGGGAACAGAGACUAGAGGCUCUCAGGGAAAAGGUGCGUCCUGUGGUGGCCAGUGAUCCUGAGAGGAUAUGGAAUGACACUGAGGCGUGGCACAGUAGAGUAACAGGGGAUGAAGAUAUCAACAUUCAGAAACCUCUCUUCAAGAUGCUUGGCUUUUCAGCAAAUCAGGUUGCUUCAGACCCUAGAGUGAGAUUAGAGCAAAAAUUACGCGAGGCAGGAAUUCAGGGGUCAGACUACGGCCGCCUUAUGAUGAAGCAGAUGAAGCCACCAACACAACCAAGAAAAGAUAUGGAGUCAACAGUAUUCAAACAUCUACCUAAAGAUGGUUCUUAGUUCAAAAUAUUUAGUUAUUUUUUAUAAACCAAAAUCCAAAAUAUGCAUUCAAACAUAUAUCAACAGUAUUUAAGUAUCUUUCAAAAGAUGGUCAUCUAAAUAUUCCACAUUCCAAGAAAAGAGUUUUCAAACAUUUACUCAAAGAGUGAAAUUCAAUAUGUUAUUAAAAAUGAAACGGAAUAAAAAGUGAGUAAGACUUCAUGAG